AUUGUGACCUCGCUGUAGCUAAGAUCAGUCCACUGCAGCAGGAGUUUCAAGAACAGCAGCAUAAAAAUAAUGACUUAACUGGAUAGAAAAAAAGGCACAUAUUUUCAGGAAGGCCUCUUUAUUCUUAGAAGUUACCCUUCAAGAUGACAAGUGGUGCAAACUCUUCAGGAUCUUACCUGCCCUCAGAAAUAAGAAGUUCUAAAAUAGAUGACAACUACUUGAAGGAAUUGAAUGAGGACUUAAAGCUAAGGAAGCAGGAACUGCUAGAGAUGCUCAAACCUCUAGAAGAUAAAAACAACCUCUUAUUUCAAAAGUUAAUGUCUAACUUGGAGGAAAAACAAAGGAGUCUUCAGAUCAUGAGACAGAUCAUGGCAGGGAAGGGGUGUGAGGAAUCCUCGGUCAUGGAGCUCCUUAAGGAAGCAGAGGAGAUGAAACAGAACUUGGAAAGGAAAAACAAGAUGCUUCGGAAGGAAAUGGAGAUGCUAUGGAACAAGACAUUCGAGGCAGAAGAACUUAGUGAUCAACAAAAAGCACCACAGACAAAAAACAAGGCAGACUUGCAGGAUGGAAAGGCUCCCAAAUCCCCCUCAUCACCUAGGAAGACUGAGAGUGAACUGGAGAAAUCAUUUGCAGAGAAAGUGAAGGAGAUAAGGAAGGAAAAGCAACAGAGGAAAAUGGAAUGGGUCAAGUAUCAGGAACAAAACAACAUCCUUCAGAAUGAUUUUCAUGGCAAAGUGAUUGAGCUGAGAAUUGAAGCCUUGAAGAACUACCAGAAGGCCAAUGACCUGAAAUUAUCACUGUAUUUGCAGCCGAAUUUUGAGCCAAUGCAAGCAUUUUUAAAUCUUCCUGGGUCCCAAGGUACUAUGGGCAUUACAACUAUGGACAGAAUGACUACUGGCAGAAAUGAACACCAUGUGAGAAUUCUGGGAGCAAAGAUCUACACAAAACAACAAGGAAGUAAAGGAAGUCAGCUUGAUAAUACAGGAGGGAGGCUCUUUUUUCUGAGGUCAUUGCCAGAUGAAGCACUGAAGAAUUAGCAGGCUUUCGCUCCAUUUGCUUUGGACAGAUUUAAAGACUAGGCACAGCCAUUUGUGUUAAUUAAAAUCUCUCGCACCUUU